GUUUUAUUCUCAGAGUGAACGUGUGUGUGCGGCUUCGCCAGAGAGCGGUGUAAUGAUAAAAGCCGCAUUUGCAGUAUACUCGUUACACUUCAUAUCAAAAGGAAAAUCAAACCCACGCGUUAUUUAUCCCUCUACAGCUUGAACAUAACCAUCAUUUUGGACAGAACCGUUAAGCACCAGCAGGAACCAUGUCCAGGUCAUCGGGGGGCGGUGCUAAUGAUGUCAAGCGCUUCCUGUCCACUGGCACGGUUCCUCCUGCCUCGGCCGCCCCCAUUAUCUCCGCCUCCAGCCAAGCUGAUUGGGCGGCCAAGAGGCUGGUGUGGGUCCCCUCAGAGAAGCACGGCUUCGAGUCUGCGAGUAUCCGGGAGGAGCGCGGCGAUGAGGUGGAGGUGGAGCUGACGGAGAGCUCGCGCAAGCUGGUGCUGUCGCGGGAGGAGGUGCAGCGCAUGAACCCCCCGCGCUUCAGCAAGGUGGAGGACAUGGCCGACCUCACCUGCCUCAACGAGGCCUCCGUCCUGCACAACCUCACAGAGAGAUACUACUCAGGACUCAUCUAUACAUACUCUGGGCUCUUCUGCGUGGUCAUCAACCCUUACAAGAACCUGCCCAUCUACACAGAGUCCAUCGUUGAGAUGUACCGGGGUAAAAAACGCCAUGAGAUGCCCCCCCACAUCUACGCCAUCUCUGAGGCCGCCUACAGAAGCAUGCUACAAGACAGGGAGGAUCAGUCCAUUCUGUGCACUGGUGAAUCGGGAGCGGGAAAGACAGAGAACACUAAGAAAGUCAUCCAGUACUUGGCACAUGUGGCCUCCUCUCACAAGACUGGAACUCUGGGCAGAAGCAAAGACGCCGCCCUGCAGCUGGAUGGCUCUAGGUCCCUGGGCCGUGGGAGUUCAGUGAACAGGAGUGUGCAGUAUGGGGAGCUAGAGAGACAGCUGCUGCAGGCUAACCCCAUCCUGGAGGCCUUUGGUAACGCCAAGACCGUCAAGAACGACAACUCCUCCAGAUUUGGCAAAUUCAUCCGCAUUAAUUUUGAUGUGGCAGGAUAUAUUGUUGGCGCCAACAUCGAGACCUAUCUGCUAGAGAAGUCGCGUGCAAUCCGCCAAGCCAAGGAUGAGAGAACCUUCCACAUCUUCUACCAGCUGCUGUGUGGAGCCACAGAGACCAUGAGAGCUGACCUCCUGUUAGGUACUGCUGAGCAGUACCGGUUCAUGAGUAGUGGAUCGGUUCCAGUUCCAGGCCAGAGCGAUGCAGAGAACUUCACCCAGACCUUAGACUCCAUGGCCAUCAUGGGUUUCACCAAGGAGGAGCUGACAGGCAUGAUGAAGGUGAUCUCGUCCGUGCUGCAGUUUGGGAACAUCUCCUUCCAGAAGGAGAAGAACACGGACCAGGCGUCAAUGCCCGACGACACAGCGGCCCAGAAGCUGGCCCACCUGCUGGGCAUCAGCGUGGUGGAGUUCAGCCGCGCCAUCCUCACGCCGCGCAUCAAAGUGGGCAGGGAGUACGUGCAGAAGGCCCAGACCAAAGAACAGGCUGACUUUGCAGUGGAAGCCCUGGCUAAGGCCACAUACGAGCGUCUGUUCCGCUGGCUGGUGCACCGCAUCAACAGAGCGCUGGACCGCAGACAGAGGCAGGGAGCUUCCUUCAUUGGCAUCCUCGACAUCGCUGGCUUCGAGAUCUUCCAGCUGAACUCGUUUGAGCAGCUGUGCAUCAACUACACCAACGAGAAGCUGCAGCAGCUGUUCAACCACACCAUGUUCAUCCUGGAGCAGGAGGAGUACCAGCGCGAGGGCAUCGACUGGAACUUCAUCGACUUUGGCCUUGACCUGCAGCCAUGCAUAGACCUCAUUGAGAAGCCGGCUCACCCCCCAGGUGUUCUGGCCCUGCUGGAUGAGGAGUGCUGGUUUCCGCGGGCAACAGACCGCUCAUUCGUUGAUAAACUGACGACGGAGCAGGGCUCACACUCCAAGUUCUUCCGGACGAGGCAGCUCAGGCAGGAUGAGGCCGACUUCUCCAUUAUCCACUACGCCGGCAAGGUCGACUAUAAGGCUGAUGAUUGGCUGGUGAAGAACAUGGACCCCCUGAAUGACAACGUGGCAUCUCUCCUCCACCAGUCCUCUGAUCACUUCAUCUCUGAGCUGUGGAGAGAAGAGGUUCAGACUCUUCCUCGUGUUUACUUUUUCGACUCCUACGCCUCCCUGCAGACUAACGGCUCCGACAUGGAGAGGAUUGUGGGAUUGGACCAGGGGAACGAGAGUAGUGGUGCGGUCAGUUUUGGUGCGGCCGGCCUGAAGACCAAGAAGGGCAUGUUCCGCACAGUGGGCCAGCUCUACAAAGAGUCCCUGACCAAGCUGAUGGCCACGCUCAGGAACACCAACCCCAACUUCCUACGCUGCAUCAUCCCCAACCACGAGAAAAGGGCAGGUAAGCUGACGCCUCACCUGGUCCUAGAUCAGCUCCGGUGUAACGGUGUUCUGGAGGGAAUCCGCAUCUGUAGACAGGGCUUCCCCAACCGCAUCCCCUUCCAGGAGUUCAGACAGAGGUAUGAGAUCCUUACUCCUAAUGCAAUUCCUCGCACUUUCAUGGAUGGAAAACAAGCCUGUGAACUCAUGAUCCGUGCUUUGGAGCUGGAUCGGAACCUUUUCCGAGUGGGUCAGAGUAAAGUGUUCUUCCGGGCCGGAGUGCUUGGACACCUGGAGGAGGAGAGAGACCUGAAGAUCACUGACACCAUCAUCCGCUUCCAGAGCUCGUCCCGCGGAUACCUGGCCAGGAGGGCAUUCUUGAAGAAACAGCAGCAGCUGAGUGCUCUGAGAGUCAUGCAGAGGAACUGUGCUGCCUACCUGAAACUACGCAACUGGCAGUGGUGGAGACUGUUCACCAAGGUGAAGCCGUUGCUCCAGGUGACGCGCCAGGAUGAGGAGAUCCAGGUCCGAGAGGCGGAGCUUCAGAAGGCCAAAGACAAUCUGACAAAAGCGGAGACGGACUUCACAGAACUGGAGAGGAAACACCAGCAGCUGAUGGAGGAGAAGUCAGUGCUUACUGACCAGCUGCAGGCCGAAGCCGAGCUAUUCGCUGAAGCAGAGGAGAUCCGUGCGCGAUUGGCCAGCAGGAAGCAGGAACUGGAGGAGGUGCUGGGUGAGCUGGAGACCCGAUUGGAGGAGGAGGAGGAGAGGGGCGUGCAACAGACCAAUGAGAAGAAACGACUGCAGCAGAACGUGCAGGACCUGGAGGAGCAACUGGAGGAAGAGGAAGGGGCUCGCCAGCGCCUCCUCCUGGAGAAGGUUACCAUAGAAACCAAAGCGAAGAGCCUGGAGACGGAAGCCCUCAAUGCAGGAGAGCAGAGAGACCGACUCAGCAAAGAGAAGAAGCAUCUUGAGGAGAGGUUAAGUGAAGUAGCUGACACACUGACUGAGGAGGAGGAGAAAGUGAAGUGCCUCAACAAGCUGAAGAACAAGCAGGAAGCUGUCAUCGCUGACCUGGAAGAGCGUCUGAAGCGAGAGGAGCAGGGCCGCCUGGAGCAGGAGAAGUGGAGGAGGAGGAUGGAGGGAGAGGCGCAGGAGGCCCAGGAGCAGCUCACUGACAUGGGCAUGCUGGUGGGGGAGCUCAGGGCCACCCUGGCCCAGAAGGAGAAGGACAUCACCACUAUACAGGCCAGGCUGGAGGAGGAGGGAGCUCGUCGUGCUGAGGCGCAGCGUGCCCUGCGGGAGGCGCUGUCCCAGGUGUCGGAGCUAAAGGAGGAGGUGGAGACGGAGCGAGGGAUGAGGGAGCGAGCGGAGAAGCAGCGCAGGGACCUGGGCGAGGAGCUGGAGGCCCUCCGCACCGAGCUGGAGGACACACUGGACACCACGGCUGCCCAGCAGGAGCUCAGGUCUCGUCGAGAGGCUGAGCUGAGUGAGCUCCAGAGGCUGGUAGAGGAGGAGACGCGUCGCCACGAGGCCCAGCUCUCAGAGCUCCGCCUCAAACACUGCACCGCCAUCGACUCCCUGCAGGAGCAGCUGGACAACAGCAAGAGGGCGCGUCAGUCUCUGGAGAAGUCCAAGGCGGUUCUGGAGGAGGAGCGGUCCUGUCUGUCGGCGGAGCUGAAGGGGGCCCAGGGGGGCAAGAUGGAGAGCGAGAGGAACCGCAAGCGGGCCGAGAGCCAGAUCCAGGAGCUCGGCGCCCGUCUCACGCAGGCCGACCGAGAGAGGGAGGAGAGGGAGGAUAGAAUACACAAGCUACAGGCUGAGAUUGAGUCUCUGUCUGGUUCCCUCUCUGCCUCUGAGUCCAAAUCUGUCCGUAUGGUCAAAGAUGUCAGCAGCCUGGAGAGCCAGCUACAUGAUGCACAGGAGCUGCUGCAGGAUGAGACUCGUCAGAAGCUGUCCCUGGGCUCGCGCAUGCGGACGCUGGAGGAGGAGAAGUCCGGCCUGGUGGAGAGGGUGGAGGAGGAGCAGGAGAGGAGCAAGGAGCUCACGCGACAGAUCCAGGCCACCAUGCAGCAGCUGGCGGAGCUAAAGAAGCAGUCAGAGGACUUGUCGGGGGCGGUGGAGUCGGGAGAGGAGACCCGGAGGAAGAUGCAGCGUGAGCUGGAGAACGCCCUGCAGAGAGAGCGAACGAAAGAAGAGGAGAAAGAACGGGUGGAGCGACAGAGAGACCGUCUGCGGGAGGAGAUAGAGGACAUGACACUCGCCCUGCAGAGGGAGCGACAGAACUGCACCGCCCUGGAGAAGAGGCAGAAGAAGUUUGACCAGUGUCUGGCGGAGGAGAAGGCGGUGAGUGCUCGCCUGGCGGAGGAGCGGGACCGUGCGGAGGCGGAGAACCGCGAGAAGGAGACGCGCUUCCUGUCGGCGUCGCGGUCGCUGCAGGAGGCCAGCGAGCAGCGAGACGAGCUGGAGAGAACCAACAAGCAGCUGCGCCUGGACAUGGAGCAGCUGGUCAACCAGCAGGACGACGUUGGCAAGAGCGUGCAUGAGCUGGAGCGUUGCCGGCGCUCCCUGGAGUCGGAGGCGCAGACACUGCGGGAGCAGACGCAGGAGCUGGAGGAGGAGCUGGCUGAGGCGGAGAACGCCCGUCUGAGGCUGGAGGUCACCCUGCAGGCCCUCCGAGCCCAGUUCGAGAGGGAGAUCAGCGCCGCCGAGGAGAAGGGAGAGGAGAAGAGACGCGCACUCAACAAACAGGUGCGAGAGCUGGAGGUGCAGCUGGAGGAGGAGAGGACCCAGAGAGCUCAGGCCCAGACCGUCAAGAAGACGCUGGAGGCGGAGCUACAGGAGGCGGAGGCUCAGGUUGAGACAGCCAAUCGAGGACGGGAGGAGGGCCUGAGACAACUCCGCCGUCUACAGGCUCAGACGAAAGAGAUUCUGCGUGAGCUGGAUGAAACUAAAAUGGCUCGGGAUGAGAUUGUCGCCCAAUCAAAAGACAGCGAGAAACGCCUGCAGACUCUGGAGGCUGAGCUGGCUCAACUUACUGAGGAAAUGUCUGUUUCUGAGAGGGUGAAGAGGCAGGCUCAGCAGGAAAGAGAUGAGAUAGCCGACGAACUCCUCAACGGCGGUGCUGAAAAGGCUGCGAUGAGUGAUGAGAAGAGACGUUUGGAAGCCAGAGUGACCCAGCUGGAAGAGGAGCUGGAAGAAGAACAGACCAACGCAGAGCUGCUGGCCGAAAGACAGAGGAAGACCACACUACAGGUGGAGACGCUGACGGUGCAGCUGGCGGGCGAGCGGACACUGGCGCAGAAGAGCGAGGGGGCGCGCGAUCACCUGGAGCGCCAGAACAAGGAGCUGAAGUCACGCCUGACGGAGAUGGAGGGCGCCGUCAAGGGCAAACACCGACUCAGUGUCGCCGCCCUGGAGGCCAAGGUGGAGGCCAUGGAGGAGCAGCUGGAGCAGGAGGGACAAGAGAGAGCGAUGGCCAACAAGCUGGUGCGCAAGACGGAGAAGAAGCUGAAGGAGGUGAUGAUGCAGGCCGAGGACGAGAGGAGACACGCAGACCAGUACAGAGAGCAGCUGGAUAAGUCAAUGGUUCGUCUGCGCCAGCUGAAGAGGCAGCUUGAGGAGGUGGAGGAGGAGAACUCUCGCUCCAACGCCCAGCGCAGGAAACUCCAGCGCGAGCUGGAGGAGAUGAGCGACAGCAGCCAGACCAUGAACAGAGAGAUCAGCUCGCUACGCAACCAGCUCAGCGUGACAGAACGGAGGCCGGAAAAGCGCGCUCCGCUACCCCUCUCCAUGCGUGGGGGACGCCGUGCGCUGGUCGAUGACCUCUCCCUGGAGAAUUCGGACUCCGAGGAGCCCCCCGCCUCCCCCACCCCCUCCACGGGACCUCCAGGGACCCCCACUCCCUCGGAGCAUGGCAUGGGGCCCCCGCCCCCCUACACCCUCAACGACGCUGAGUGAGGGGCAGGGCCAGCUCCGCAGCACCGGGCCCGCUGCAGGACCCAGGCCGGCCUCAGACCUGCAGCAGCUCUCACGGCACGAGGCAAAGCUGCAAGAAGAGACCACUUUGCAGCCAGAGGAACGUCAAAGACCAACAAACAAAAGAAGAACUAAAUUCAGAAUAUAAAACAGGUGCAAGAAUAAUUGGAAAAGGGUGGCAGUACAAAAUAUUGACAUGACAAAAGGCACUACAAUUUGACUUCUUUGGGGGGAAAACUACAACUCCCAGAAUCCCUUGGGAGGAUUGGUUCAGUCCAGAGUGAACCAAUAAACCCCAGUGGUAAUGCAGUGCAUUAGGCUUUCAGUGGCAGCAUUGAGAUGGCUUCUCUACCUAAGCGCUCGUUCAAUCCUAUUAAACGUCUACAAGGGCAAUCUGCAUGUUUAUUAAGGCAAUCAGCUGUUAAAGUGAUAAUGUGAUCAUACUUCAUGAAAAAGUACAGGAUCACAUGGAAGCAGGCUGCCAUUUGCUCCAUCAGUAUUCAGUUUCACCGCGGGCUUGAGAAACGAGCAAUUUAUCUACCUGAACCUGUAAGUUUUCUCUUUCUCAUUCAUAGAAUAACGUGUCUUGAUGCAUAUCAGUCAGCUAAGGGAGAAGGAGUUUUCUCUUUUAAAGAUCUCAUUGAAGUAUUUAUGAGCAGGAUGAAAAUGAGUUUUCAUCCAUCAAAAUCAUACAUUUUUGUUAGGAAACCCGUACCAUGCUAUGUAUUAUAAGCCAUAAUGCAUUGCAUAUUGGUUGUAAGAUAGGACUGUUGUGAAGAGAAACAAGAACAUGUUUACUGUGAUAAAGCUUUGUGCAUAAAUCAAUAGCAAAGCCAAGAGUUCCUCUAUGAGAACAUAUACUGGUAACAUUGAGCCUAAGUCAACUCUGGAACUUGGACUACACUGAGCUAUAUAGAUGAUCAUAAGGCUUACUUUGAGUGCUUUCAUGUCAUGCAUAUAAACUUGUUUCAGCCGUUUCCACCCAGUGACCAGGGUAACACAUACUGAGGCCUCGUCCAUUAGAUAGGAUAGGAAACUAGGUACCGUAGGGGGACAGGUCACAUAAUAGGUAGAUAGAUAUCUAGCUAGAAUAAUUCCUUAACAUAUGUCUUAACAUAUCGCCUCUCGUCGGGGAAGGCAGGAUCAGUGUCCGUCAUACAUCAGUCAAUCUGUGGUUCUAACCUGAGGUGUGUUUAUUUAUUUAUGCAUUCUGUCUCUGUGUGGGCUGUAAGGGUGGCCUCUUGAGUAAGCAUCCCCCAGACCAGUGCUGCUGCUGUCUGGGGGGGGGGGGGGGCAGCAGGGAGAUACCAGGCAGACAGUAUGGUAACAUCAGGUCGGCAGUCACAGAGGAGCUUGUGUUGUCCAGCGCUGGUCUGUGGUGAAGUGCGGUGGCCGUGUGGAGGUGAAGGAUCUCUGCUGGUGGGGAAGCACCCAGCCUGAGAUAUGAGUGUGUGCGCAGGGGCACCCAGACUGUGAGAAUAAUCAGUAUCAGAGACUGCUAGCCAUUCUCAUUUACAACCUUAUCAUAAAUGUAAAUGUCUUGUUCUUCUUAUCAAACAGACGUAAUGUACAAUGUAAUUUUUUUUAAAUAAUGAUGUAAAAUAUUUAUGGAGUAAAGCUUUUUUGUGUUUUACCAAAUAUCAGGCGCAUGGAUGAGAAAAAAGGGACAUACUGGUAGAGUUGGAUAGAGUAGUGACUGUAGACUAGAAAUGUGUUACUCGAGACAUAUAGAAGAAAGAUUCUAGCUUCCAUUUUGGAACAUCCUUUGCUACUUCCAUUCAAAAGGCCCCUUGUUUUUACCAAGUGUUUUCAUAGAGGUAGCAAAGACCCUCAGAACACAUUUCCUACCUAGAUGUACCUGGAAUGGUGACCCCCUCUGGGGUAAAGCGAUAGAGUAGCUUUAUAUAUGUAGGUUAGUGACGAAUGUUUAUUACUUCAUGCCCAGCAGAGAAAGGAGAGAGAGACCCAAGUUCCUGAUUGUCUGAAGUUAGAAGGGAGAAGACGUGCUCUUGCCACAUUAAUGCAAUGUAAGCUUUAACUGGUGAAGAAAGGCCCUGAUUGUGUUCCCAGUCAAAGCAUACUGGCUUCCGCUAGCCCCCGUCCACGGCUGUGCAAAGAGCACAGCUCAACGCCUCUCGAUCGUCAUUCCUGGUGUUCAUUUACUCACUCCAUACAGCUGUAGCAUUUUAUUCCUUUGACAUGAUGUCACAACAUAUCAGCCAGUACUUCAUGAGUGACUCCACUUGUCUUCUGUGUUCACUGAAAUGAAAGUUGAGGUUAGACUCGUUUGUUAGUUUUGCUUAAGUUCUCCCUUAAGACAUCCCGUCCUAUCUUUAGGCAGGUGGCAGACAGGAUGAUGUGUGCAUGCUGGCCAGUGCUAAGGGUGUGCUGUUUCACUUAAGACGCUGUUAAACUGUUCAAUUUCAGUUGCCUCUGGACCCUGACCUUUGACCCCUGGCACAGAUUAGAGGCAGAUCAGAUUCAGAAAGCUCACCGGUCAAACUCCCAGCCUGUAGCAGCAGGACCUGGGUAUUAGUGCCCCGACCUGUGAAAAAGAGGCAGUCCAUAUCCAUUGCACAGUCCACCACAACUGAAGGGAAUGUGACCACAGUGGGGUGGCGUUCUUUUUUAGGACUGCGUUUCCUGAAAGCAUCACUAAGCAACCACCAUUGGUAACCAUGGAGAGAGUUUUCAAUGUGAUAGUUUCAACAUCAUUUAGCAAUGGUAGUUGUUCAUUAAUUGCUUUCGGGAAACGCACCCUAUACGUGUGCCUGGGGGACAGAGACAAAUGCAGCCGGGUGUCUCAGAAGGAGCCUUACAGGACCGCAUCACAGCAUGGGCCCAGGGCUGGUCACUGCCACAAGGCACUUUGUGAGUGUAGACAGCUCCCCCUAGUGAAAAGGAGGAUGAAGUGCAUUAAUUGCUCUGUACUGUAAAGCUUUGCACUACAAAGUGAAAGUGUUGUGGCGAUGCUUCUGUAACUGUUUCCUGUGUCUUUUGUUUUAAUGUUCUCCUGCUUUACUUUGUACAGCCUGACCCAGGUCCUAUUUUGUGUCAAGAAUGUCUGAUCGCUGAAAUGGACACGCGUCAUCCAUACGACACGCACUCAUGGACAGUGCAGUAGCCCUGCUAUGGGUCGGCUUCAUUUGCGUUUGACCACUGGUUUAUAAUACAGUGUACCAUGAUGUAAUACUCUGAUUAAAAUGAAGUUUUUCUCUGAA